AAAGGGACAGCUGGCUGUGAACUGAUGUCCUCACUGGGUUUCUGAAGACUUCCUUUAGUGAGAAGCAGAUUAACUUUGUGCUUGUUGGAGUUUCUACAGGAAGAUGAAGAUGUUUGUGGUGUUUGUGAUCCUCGUGCACGUUUCCCAGCAUACCUCAGCUGUGGAGCUGUAUGAGGGGGAGGAGUUUGUCCUGCUGCCCUGUGAGUUUCCCCCAUUGGACCUGAAAGACCCCACAGUGGUGUGGAGCCGCUACGAUCUCAAUCCUCCAACCGUCCACCAGCGUCAGCAGGAAGGUGAUGAACUUAAAGACCAAAACCAGCUUUACAGCGGCCGAACAUCCAUGAUGACUGACGCUCUGGAAACUGGAGACCUCAGCCUCAAGCUGACAAAACUCCAGCUCUCUGACAGCGGCAGCUACACCUGCACUGUCAGAGAGUUAGGAGGACAACAGAGAGUGAGAAACAUACAGUUGAAGGUCAAAGAACAUUUUCCAUCCUGGGCCAAAGUUCUCCUGGUUCUCCUGGUUCUCCUGGUUCUCGGUCUUGUUGCUGGGGGUCUUCUGGUACAUUUCCGGCACUAUUUCAUGUCAGUCUACCAGAUGGAGGUGGAGGAGGGGGUGGAGUCUGUCGAGCUACCCUGCAAAACCAGAGUUCACCUGCCUGAAAAUGUCACAGUGGAGUGGAGGGACAGAGACUACAGGAAGGUCCAUGUGUAUCAGAAUGGCUCUGACCAGCCUGAAGAACAGGACAGGUUUUACAGACACCGAACAGAGAUGAAGAGAAACCUGCUGAGACCUGGAGACCUCAGUCUGACCCUGAAAUACCCCACAGACAAAGACAGUAACACCUACACCUGCACAGUCUACAGCAGGGAGGGAGACAUCCUGAUGAAGAAACAAGUGGAUCUUGAGGUCAGAGGUCAGUGCUGAAGAUACGGGUCAGAGAUCAAAGUAUGAAGCCUACCAGCUCCUGGUUCAGGUUCAGAAAAGAUAGAGGAACGAAAACCACCAUCUGAUCUUGAACCUGAAAGUGUUUUAGUAUUUGAAGCAGCAGCAAGUGGAAAUCAGGACCAAAAGUGACCUCUGAGUGAAACCUGAGUGUGAACUUCCUGGACUGUAACAAACUGCACGUGAACAUAAUCCAGGCAGGAAAGAUGUUUCCUUCUAAACAUCUUUGUCAGAAACAUUUAGUUAAUGUUACAGCUCAUUUGUAGGAGACAGCUUUUA